AUGGCGCAGGCUCCAGCUGCUCUCUUCGCGGAGCUCUCUGCACACUUACAGGCGGUAGACGAGGACCCAACCACAACACUAGACGCAGAUCUGCUGGAGAAAUGCGCUCUCUUUGCAAGCACUGCCGACUACCGAGCACGAAUAUGGCAGGAAACAGGGCCCCUGUUUCUCCAAAUCGCCGCCCUGUUGCCAAAACUCCAGCAAGAUCCAUCGCCACUCAUCCACUUCGUCGUCAAGCUGACUGCGCCAUAUCGGUUCGAGCAUAUCAAGGAUGUUGACUUCGAGAUUGGUUUAGACUUGCAGGCGACGCCAGUUCAUGCUCUCAUUCUCACUCUCCUGGAGAAGGCGGCUGCAGGAAGCAACGAUGCGCAAGCACUUGCCAAUCGACCAACCGUAAUGGCUGCUGUCGUGCGCCUGUGGCUUUGCACGUCGAAUACCGGGGUUGCCACCCAGGCUGGGGACCUCCUUAUAUCAUUACUACGCGCAUCAAAGAACGAACCAGCCACCGUCUCUGGAGAAGCACCACUGCACACUUACGGCGCUGGUCCGAUGUGGAGACGUUUGUUUGCCGACCGUGACAUUGUCGCUCUAUACUACCACUACACCUCUUUAAAGACUCUACCCAGUCCGCCGCUACCUUUUCUGAGCAAGCGGGACAAGACGGUUUCGCAGGCACGCCUCUUGACUUGGCUACCCAAAGUUGGGGCGUUGGACUGGAGCACCAUCACCUCAAGUCUUGGACUGGACAUUGAAAAGGAGGUUGGGCUAGCUGAAGGGCAAGGGCUGCUUCAUUAUGCUUCAUCGAAGAUGGUGGACACGGAGGACGAUAUUCUGAUGCACAUGACGCUCAUCAACUUCUUCCGUGAUCUUAUUGUCACGGUCAAGACAAAACCCCACCUUACGCACUAUGACUCCAGUCUGUCGUUGGACUUCUUGAAGGAGCAAAACAUACAUAAGCACAUCAUCGAUUUCCACAUCAGUGAUAACCCUGGUCUUGACCACUCCUUCCUAAGCCCACGUACAGCGCAGUACAUCAGCGAGUAUGCAAGCACCUACCCAGAGAACUUCGAGAACAGUGCCGAGCUACCGGCCGUGCGAACAUAUCUGCACCGCAACAUCCGCAAAUGUGAGCCGCACGACCUCAGCAUACUCGCCGCGAUGCCGCGUGCUACACUCAUCCCUCGUAAUGGCACGGGCCUCGCAUGGGACGACUGCAUUCUGCUCGACAUUCCUCUGACUCGCACGAACCCCGACGCACUGAAGACAUUGGCCGCUGUAUUUCACGGACCCCCAAAGCAGGAGAUUACCUUUCCACAAAUAGAGACUAUAGGUCUCGACGUCAAACGCAUAGAGAUCGAGUCUGUCUUCGCCCGCCUUCUCACCUCUCAGUACUACAGCAAACACCCCUCCUUGUUUUCCGACCUCGUCACGCACGCUUCCACAAUAGCAAUGAAAGAGAACGCUUUGGCGGCCCUCGUACUGCUUCGUGCUAUCAUCACAUCAUCAUGGUCGACAACACCUCUCCCAGAUCUCAUCCCGGCGUCCAAUAGGACGUAUACCCAUCUCCAGAACUUUCCUCGUACAGGCCUCGAUCUCAUUCUGGAUCCCGCCCGCAGCGGCAGCGUUUUGCCUGCGCUCCUGAAGCCCGCGACAACAUUCUCUAAUCUUGUGGGUGGGAGAGGCGACGCAGAGAAUGCAGCCUACCAGGUCGCGGUGGCACGCUUCGACGUGCUGAAGGCGCUGGGACAGAGGCUGGAGCAAGAUGGCGGCAGAGACGAUGUGCUCCAGAUGAUCAGGCGGCGUGUCAGUGAGGGUCCGUGGGGCGUUGGUGGAAGCGGGGGUAGCAGAAUAGGAACCUUGGACUUGUGA